AUGGCCAUAGGUUAUGCUAUUUACAUGAAGACCCUAUUUCUAUUUCUUAGUAUCAAUGUAUGCACAACCAGUGAUGAUUUGCGUGGACAUAACCAGCCAUUAGGAAUGCAACGUGACCCUGAUGGGCAUAUUGACACAUUAACCAGUUUGCCGACGCCAAGAGAGUUUUGGGAAAAUUAUCUUAGCAAAUCAAGACCCGUUUUGAUUAAAAAUGCUAUUGGCUCUUCGCCCGCUUUUAAUUUAUGGAAUGAUCGCUAUUUAAAGAGCAAUUUUGGUAAAUUUAUAUUUAAAAUUGAAGGCAAAACCGAAGAUCAGAGGAAACCGAUCGGAAGUUUGGGGCUAGGAUUCGAUCAACUCUCCAACUUCCUAGAUACAUACGAAGAUAGAAAAGUUUAUAUAGUAUCAGAGAUGCCUGCUCCAAUGCACAAGGAUAUUCUUGUCCCGUCAUUUAUGGCAUGUGGAUCUAUUUCUAACCGAAUUAGGGAGAGUCAUCUUUGGUUUAGUUCUGGCAGUACCCGAAGUCGAUUACAUAGUGACCCAAUAUUUACACUGAAUUGUUUGCUGGUUGGACAGAAAAACUGGCUUUUUAUGGAGCCAAAGUACAGUAAAUAUUUAGGUGUAGAAAGUAGUUAUGGCAUAGGGGGUCGACAUUGCUCAAUUAAUGUCGAUAAAGUAGAUCUAUAUCGAUAUCCUAAAGUGGGUAAAGUUCCUUGGCGUUUUGCUAAUGCUACUUCUGGUGACUGCAUCUACCUACCUAGAGGUCACUUUCAUCAAGUAAGUUCCAUAGGAUCGAAAAAUUUGGCUUACACCAUUCUUUUCGAUAUUAGUAAGAAAGAUUUUAAGAUAUUUAACCAAACUGGUUGCGAUCACGUUGAAAGUGCUACUUUAAGUAAUGUGCCAAUGUCUUUACGAUAUCCUGGCUACGGGCAUAUGACCUUCGGUAACCGUUUGCAAAUAGAAAGCGCACGAAUUGCUAAAGCGUCUAUAGAAAGUAAAGGUUAUUUCGAUCAACAAAAAUUUACUGACAAAUACAAGAAACUUGGUGGUUCCGAUUAUUUCGCUUCAAAGUUUAUUAAUACCUUGGACGAAGAUAAGGAUAACAUCAUAGAUAAAAAUGAAGUGCAGAGAAAUCUUCCGAAAGCUUUAGAAAUAUAUAAAGAUAUUCUAGACGAGGAAUAUGAACAAAAUAAUAGUAAUGAAGCAGAUGAGCCAGAAGAUGAUCGGAACGAAGAUGAAAAUGACUCCAUCAUAGAUGAAAAAGAUGAAAACAAGCUGGAAGAUGAGGAAUUAGAGCAAUCUGACGAUGAUGAUAACGACAGAUUAGAGUUUAAUAGACAAAGAAAAGAUGGACGAAUAUUAGAUGAGCUGUGA